AUUAAAGUGCAGAACGAGUCGAAAUAAAUUCCUCGAGUUAACGAUCCUGCUAGCGCUAUUACUGUAUUUUUGACAUAUUCACAAUUCUUUAAAUAUGUUUUUAUAUAUCCGGGUCUUAAACGCAGCAGCUUUUUUUAAAAUUUUUAUUAUUAUUUUUGUUGUUGUUGUUUUUCAGUCUAUUUAUUCUGAAGAUCUUGAUUCUGAGUUUAUUUCGAACGAUACACGCCAAUAUAAUAAUGUUGCUGCUAGUGUUGUUACUCUCCCGACCAUGAAUUGACUGAAACUAUUCUUAUUUACCGGAUCAAUAUUUCAAUCUCGACUAAAUUUGCUACAGAAAGACACUAUGGAACAAUUUUUAACGGCACUUAUUCUGACACUGUUGUUUAUUCAUAACUCCGCCGAGUGCCCUGAACCUAAAUAUAUUGCACCUUAUUAUCUUUAUAAGACAAGCUGUUGUCAGGAGGAUUUGGAUGUCUUCAAACCUUUUCCUAAUGGAAAGUACCCAGAAAAGCCAGAGAUUCUUGAACUAACAGAUUUCCUGCGAAAAGACAAAAUAGGAAUAAAAGCUGUGUGGAAUGCAAAUUUAACCCAUUUAAAAGGAUUUAAAAUUGAAUAUGAAUAUAAAGAUUCUGGUAUAAAAAUCUGUAGAAUUUUGGACUUUUCUGAAUAUCUGAAGAACAAAUCCAUUAGUAAUCAUACCUUUGAAUUUGAAAUAUAUCCUGUAAGAAAAAAUAAAGAAAUUUUGGUUCAUCUUUAUCCGUUGCCGGAAUCUGAAAACAAUUCUCCUCCUGCUCAGGAAGUUGAUACAAUCAUGUGUCGUGAAUGGACAACUCUAAUAAAUUACAGACUAAAAGAGGACAAGUUAAUUGUGGAUUUUGAACAAGGACCUUCAAAGUGUAAUAUAAAAAUGUAUGAUAUAAGGCUUUAUGAUGGACAGUUACAAGUUUUAAAGGAGGCGACUGUCAAUUCUUCCAAGACGACCACAAGAUUAACCCAUGAAUUUCAUGGAAUAUGUUCUGGAACCUACUUCAUAACUGUUGAAAUACUUGAUGAAGAUCCCUUCAGCAACUGUAUUUGUGUAAACAGGAAGCAACAAUGUGGUGGAGGAUGUUAUCGGUCGAAAUCUAAAAACUUUACGAUUUUUGGUUCAUCAUCUACAAUGUCAUCAUCAGUAAAUGUGACUACAGCUAAGAUGGGUUUUACAACAGAAACUAACAGCACUUUUAAAUUAACCAUAUUCUUCGCUAUUAUUAGUGUUAUGAUCGGUCUGCUACUUUUGGUUCUUAGUUUUUACUGUUGCAAGCAGUCAUUCCAAGAGAAAAGAGAGUUUUUUCAUAUUAAGGACCAUUCUACCACAAAAGUUUGAAUUUAUAAUUCUUGUUUACUCCAAAGCUCUUCACAAAAGAAGUUAGGCUUGGAAAAGCAACCAAGAUUACAUAUUACAUAAAUUUUGACAGUACUUUUGACAGCUUCCUUUUUCAGAGAACUUAAAGCAAGCAAUAAACUUAUAAUUUCUAAUAAUAUAUAUAAAGUUAGCUGAGUCAGAGGUUAAAAUAACCAUCUAAAGGAUAGAAGUAUCCAUUACACUACUGGUAUUUUACCUAUGUUUAACCAUGGGCAUACAUAUGCAAGCAUAUUGCACUCAUAAAUUAUAGGUAAAGACAAGAAUAAACAUGAGUUUAUCAAUAAUCAAAAUUUACAGAAAACGGAAAAUGGAGAAAUAUUAACAAACAUCAAUUAUUAUCUUUUAUUUCAAUACAAAUAGACUGCAUCCCAUCUAACAGCUAUUUCCACUCCAACGUUGUAUGGUAUUGCCAUUGAUAUGCUAAAAAUAUCAUAUUUGAGAAUAAAACUGAUCUGAAACAUGUAGCUUCAUCAGAGUGAAGAAUAAAUAAAGAUGAGCAUAGAGAAGAAAAAGGGAAAAGUUGAAUAUGGUUAUAAUCAUACCAUUUUGCUCGUGUAUCUCUUUCGGAGAUACACUAACGCUAUGAUUAAUGCAAUAAAUAAAGAUAAAACAGCUAAUAGAUUAUAUAAUGACUUUAUACUGAACAAAAAUAACCAAUAUAGAAAUAGGGUAGUAGAAACGACAAAGAUAGACCUUAAGACUAAUGCACAAUCUGAUAUUGAUAAUAACAACAUAAAUAUACGUAUAUCACACCCCAAACAUAAUAAGCCAAAGCACGCUAUGACCAAAAUCAUAAAAAUAUAAAUAACUAGCAGAAAUACCCGGCUUUGCCCGGGUUAAAGAUAAUAAUGAAAUCUAAAUACGCUGUCUAGACUACGCAACCCUCAACUGUUAGUAGCUACGAUACCAUAUUUCUACAUUAAUAACUCUCCAAUCCAUGCCAGCAUGGAACAUAGACAUUAAUUGGAAUGCCAGUCUCUCAUCUAGGAGGGCCUUGAAAUCAAUGUUACCAACUGGGGACUAUGUGUGUCGUAGUGAUAAUAAAAAGACCCAAAGGAGGUCUGCAACGAAAUAAUUUUACUCAACACUUUGCAAGUGAAUCAGUGGAGGCAAAGAUG